CCGCCGUCGCGGCCGGCCGGGGGUCGGUGCGCUGCAAGGCGCGGAGGAGACGGAGGCAGCCGCCGCCACAGAGCAGCACUGGGCCGGCAGAGGAUGCCCGCCGCACUCCCGCCGCUGCCGCCCUACGCGGCCGCCUCCGCGCCUUCAUCUCCAUGAAUUAGCGCCGCGGGGUGGGGGCGGGGGCCGUGGUGAGCGCCCAGCGGAGCCGGCGCCCCAGGCAUGGCCAGCGCGUGCGCCGUUCAGGUGAAGCUGGAGCUGGGGCACCGAGCCCAGGUCAGGAAGAAACCCACUGUGGAGGGCUUCACCCACGACUGGAUGGUGUUCGUCCGCGGGCCCGAGCACAGCAACAUCCAACACUUCGUGGAGAAGGUCGUCUUCCACCUGCAUGAGAGCUUCCCAAGGCCCAAGAGAGUGUGCAAGGAUCCACCCUACAAAGUUGAAGAAUCUGGUUAUGCUGGUUUCAUUUUGCCAAUUGAGGUCUACUUCAAAAAUAAGGAAGAACCUAAGAAAGUUCGAUUUGACUAUGACUUAUUCCUGCAUCUUGAAGGCCAUCCACCUGUAAAUCACCUCCGCUGUGAAAAGCUCACAUUCAACAACCCGACAGAAGAAUUCAGAAGAAAGCUGCUAAAGGCAGGAGGGAUUAUGGUUAUGACAGAUGGCACAUCGUUCUCUUCAGGGCAGAGCCUGCAUCUCCCCAACCUUCCUAGUAACUCCCUAUCUUUUUCUGAAGUGAAGAAGAAAUCAUCUCAUGGGCCAAAGGACCCUACUAAGAUUCUGAACAUAAAUAGCAGUAGCGGCAGUAGUAACAGUUUUUCAAAGCCCCACAAGUUAACAAAGGAGCACAAGGAAAAAACUUCUAAAGACUCAAAAGAACAAAAAAGUGCCUUCAAAGAACCUUCCAGGGAACACAAUAAAUCUUCCAAAGAAUCCUCUAAGAAACCCAAAGAAAAUAAACCACUAAAAGAUGAAAAAAUGGUUCCUAAGAUGGCCUUCAAGGAACCUAAAUCCAUGUCCAAGGAGCCAAAAUCUGAAAACACCCCCAUCCUUACCAUCACAGGUGGACAGCAAGAAAAGAAGACUCCUACAAAAAGGCCCUCCAUUCUGGAUUCUGAUGAACCUUCUGCAAAAAAGAGAAAAAAAAGUGUGCCAGAGUCAUUAUUUAAAAGCUUUUCUAAUGCUCCAUCACUAAUUCUUACUUGUUCAGCUGACAAAAAACAAACAAAGGACAGGUCUCAGCUUAAGAUGGGGAGAGUCAAAAUUGAAAGUGAUACACUGGAAAAGAAGACAUCUACUCUGCCACCAUUUGAUGAUAUUAUAGACCCCAAUGAUUCUGACGUGGAGGAAAACAUGUCUUCUAAAUCUGAAUCUGAACAGCCCAGUCCUGCCAGUUCCAGCUCCAGUUCCAGUUCCAGUUUUACACCAUCUCAAAACAGCAGACAACAAGGCCCAUUGAGGUCUAUAAUGAAAGAUCUGCAUUCGGAUGAUAAUGAAGAUGAAUCAGAGGAACCGGAUGACAACGAUAAUGAUUCUGAGUUGGAACGACCUGUAAAUACACGAGGAGGAAGCAGGAGUCGUAGGGUUAGUCUGAGUGAUGGAAGUGACAGUGACAGCAAUUCAGCUUCCUCACCACUACAUCAUGAACCAGCACCACCUUUGUUAAAAACUAACAGCAACCAGAUUUUAGAAGUGAAAAGUCCAAUAAAGCAAAACAAAUCUGAUAAACAAAUAAAGAAUGGUGAUUGUGAUAAGGCAUAUCUUGAUGAACUGGUAGAGCUCCACAGAAGAUUAAUGACAUUGAGAGAGAGACAUGUACUGCAGCAGAUAGUAAAUCUAAUAGAGGAAACUGGACACUUUCAUAUCACAAAUACAACCUUUGACUUUGAUCUUUGCUCACUGGACAAAACCACGGUCCGAAAACUACAGAGUUAUCUGGAAACAUCUGGAUCCUCCUGAGGAUUCAGCAUCUGGAUGCAUCAAAAACUGUUCUCUAAAUGAAACAUUCAGAAUGAUGCAACCAAAACGAUGGAGAAACAAAACAACCUCGUUCAGUUUUAUUUUUCAUUAAAGCCAGUCAUCAUCUCUUAAUAAUGAAGAGGAGAAGUGACAAGACUCAGAGGACUGCUCUUCUCAACAAGAAAAUGCUCCGGAAGAGUUUACCUGGAUAGCCUUGAAAAUCAAAUACAAUAACAAACAGAAAACUUGGUCUUAAUGAAUGUGUAUGGUAUCAUGUAUCUCUUUGUGGUGUUCCACUCCACAAGAUGAAUGCAUGUUCAACACACUGCCUUAUUGCAUAACUGAUCUAUUUAUUACUGCAUACAUGUAUUUCAAAGUCAAUGAGUCACUGAAUGGCACUACCAGAUGUUGCAAGUAGUGGUAUUCCAUGUAUGCUUUUUUGAUUCAGUCUCAUCAAAAACCUAGUAAUCUUAUUCAUGUUGAAAUCCCACUUCUUGCUAACUUUCUCUAGACAAUGAAAACACUGCAGUCUUGUUUUCAUUUCUGCACUUCCAGAAAUUGAGAUACAACGUGAGGGACCAAAUGAUGGUCCUACAUUUUGCCUCCAAUCUGCCAAAGUUGGACCAUGGCAGGUUGGACUGCAGGUCCUUGGCUCUAUCCAUUUAUUGAUAUUGGUCAUGGUAGAAAAUGCACCAAAUAGGAUCAUAUGACUUCCUGUCUAGCCUUAGUGAAUAAACCAUUAGGAUUUCUAACAAAAAAAAAUGUUAUGUAUACUGUCCUGAAACCAGAAUUUUUUGCAGUCUGCAUUUUUGUCUGUUUUAAUGUUAUAAAAUUAAUUAUAUAUGAGUGAAGGUGUUCUGCAGGAUCAUCAUAAAAGAAGAAAUACUGAUCCUGUCUUCUAAGGAAAUGUUGUAGAAAAUUCUUAAUUUGGAGCUAUUUAUUACUAUGAGUUUCUGCACUCCUUUGCUUCUUACCAUAAAACUAUUGACAUAACAUUUUUUGUUUGUUCAUGUAGUAAAUGGUCUCCUUAGCCUGUUUGGGGAUUUUGUUUUUGUUGUUUGUGGGUUUUUUGUUGUUGUUUUUGUUUGUGCUUUUUUUUUUUUUUUUUUUUUUUUU